GACGACUCAGUGUGUUGCUCGUUGUGCUGUUGGGAGACUUUUGUGUAGAUCUAGAGGAUUAUUUUUAAUUGUAAGAAACUUUGUAUUAUUAUUAUUAUUAUUAUUAUUAUUAUUAUUAUUAUUAUUAUUAUCAUUAUUCUGUCUGGAUAAAAGGAGGCUUAACUGAGAUAUCGCAACAAACAAAUUAAGAAACUGUGCUGCAAGUAAAUUUGAAAUUAAAUCUGCACGACAUGCUAUUGAAGAUGGAGUUUGUUAAAGAGGAGUUUAAAGAGGAGAGUGAAGACGUCAGUAUUUCAGAACCAUUCAGACUGAAGAAUGAAGAUACUGAAGAACAAAGAGACCUGAUGAAGCUGAAAGAGGAAAAUAAAGCACUGAAUGAAGUGGAGGAGAAACAUCAGUAUCAGAAACCUGCUACAUUUGUAAAUGGAGACAAAUCUUUUACUUGCUCACAGACUGAAAAUAAAUUCUCACAAAAAAGAACUCAAAGAACAAAAACAGAAAAAUCGUUCACCUGCCCUCAGUGUGGAAAGAGUUUCACCCGUAAAGGAAGCGUUAAUAGGCACAUAAGAAUUCACUCUGGAGAGAAACCUUUCACAUGCCCUCAGUGUGGAAAGAGUUUCUUAGUAAAAGGUAAUCUUAAUAGCCACAUGAGAGUUCACUCUGGAGAGAAACCUUUCACAUGCCAUCAGUGUGGAAAGAGUUUCAGACAUAAAGGAAACCUUAAUAGCCACAUGAGUGUUCACUCUGGAGAGAAAUCUUUCACAUGCCCUCAGUGUGGAAAGAGUUUCAGACAUAAAGGAAGUCUUAAUAUCCACAUAAGAACUCACACUGGAGAGAAACCUUUCAUAUGCCAUCAGUGUGGAAAGAGUUUCAGACAUAAAGGAAACCUUAAUAGCCACAUGAGUGUUCACUCUGGAGAGAAAUUUUUCACAUGCCAUCAGUGUGGAAAGAGUUUCAGCCAUAAAGCAAGUCUUAAUAUCCAUGUAAGAACUCACACUGGAGAGAAGCCUUACAAAUGCCAUCAGUGUGGCAAGUGUUUCACAUACCACAAAAGUUAUAAGGAGCACAUGAGAAUUCACACUGGAGAGACGCCAUACAAAUGUCUUCAGUGUGGAAAUAGUUUAACAGACAAAAAUGCCCUUAAUUAUCACAUGACAGUUCACACAGGAGAGAUGCCUUUUACAUGCCUUCAGUGUGGAAACAAUUUCAGACAUGAAAGAAGCCUGAAAAUUCAUAGCGAAGAGAACCCUUACAGAUGUCAUCAAUGUGGAAAGAAUUGCAAUAACAAAACAAGCCUUAAGAUUCACAUGAGAAUUCACACUGGAGAGAGGCCUUUCAUCUGUCCCCUGUGUGCAAAGGGUUUCAAACAGAAAGAAAAUCUAAAGGAACACAUGAGAAUUCACUCUGGAGAGAAGCCUUUCACCUGCCAUCAAUGUUUAAAGAGUUUCACACAUAAGGUAACCUUUAAAAGGCACAUUAGAAUUCACACUGGAGAGAAGCCUUAUAAGUGCCAUCAGUGUGGAAAGAGUUUUGCACACAAAGAAAGUCUUAAUAUCCACCUAAGGUCUCACACUGGUGAGAGACCUUACACAUGCCAUCAGUGUGGAAAGACUUUCACACAUAUAGGAAGUCUUAAGUUCCACAUAAGAACUCACUGGUGAGAAGCCUUAAGGCCCCUGCACACUUCAUAAUAAAUCAAAGAAUGAACGGGUGUGACGUAAUUUAAAACAAUAUCUGGCCAAAACUAAGGUGUUUUUGAGUUCAUUUUGGUGGUUCGCCACAGAUCAUCAGCACAAACUUUCAGCUAAACUUCGUAUUGGCUGCUAAACACCUUACUGCCAUUGGUCCAUGUCAUCAGUAGGUGUGACCUGGAGCUACAUCUGCUCUGAAAAAUGAAUUCCUGUUCAGUCAGGAAAGAUCGGUCAAAAUGAACACAUCAUUGUACAGAUUUAUUAGCGAGCUGUUGCAAACUUACCUACAUUUGUAAGAUCGUUCGCAUAGGGACACUUUCCAAGAACAUGUCAUGCGUUUUAAAAAAAAAUUUUUUUAUUGGUCUACAAAAGGAAUAAAAUCUACUUAAAAAUCUACCGUUCACUGUUGUUUGAUAUGCUGCUUCACUCCGUCUGCAGUCAAAAGCCAUUCACACAUCUGCCCAAAGUAAGAUGUGCCUAUCAUCAUUCUUUUGUCUGUAGUCAGCACCCCCCCCCCCUUAAGCGAGGCAAAUGAUCGCUGUUAGCACAUUCACACUGUAGGACUUUAGUCUUGAAGGCAGGAGAGUUUAAUACAAGAUUUCACAGGAAAGGACUUGGAACAACAUGCCAGAAUUUUGUCAUAAAAUGUACAACCUUAGAGUGAUUUCCGGUGCUAAAAAGGAUGGCACCACCUGGCAUAAAUGAGAGAGUUGCACAAACUCACCGCCAUACAAACAGAAGUAGAGCUGUGGAAGCGGUACAAACUUCAAUUUAUUAUUCGCAGGGUCAACACCUCUUCUCUCUUUUAGUGGUCCAGCUAAACCAAAAAGUGGGAUCACAAGACUUUUUUUUUUAUGAAUUAAAGCAUGGUCCACAGGAUGCGACAAAGGGGGGAUUCACAAGCAUCCUCCCAAGACAGAGAAACAAAACAAACUCACCCCCACUCAGGACUGAAACCUCCUUUGUUUUUUUUCAUUCAGUCAGGUCAAAUAUACCCCCAACCAAAUGGCUAUUAUGAGGCUGGAACGAACAUGAUUUUAAGACAGAGUAUUUCUCUCUUGAGUUUUACAGCUCGCAAGAACAUUCCUAGAGAGAGAGACAAAGAGAGGGAAAAAAACAGUUGCCAUUGAAACCAUGGAAUUCUAGGACUGACUUUCCUUGUUUCAUACUUCCAAAAUACACAGACUGAACUUUUCUUUGUGUUCCCCAUAUAAUGCAUCUACACGUAUCCUAGGAUAUAUUAGUCCACGAACCUUGGACACACAGUCACAGGACUAAAGACAGCUUUACACUGCACAAUGCACAAAAUCUAUGUCUGCAAUGCCCUAGUGUAUAAAACCAUCUCACACAAGGUUUAACCUUAUGAUAACCCUGAGAAUAGGUUUUCAUGAUUGGUCAUCACUCUUAUAACUAACAAGUGAACAUGGUGAUCUUUACUCUCAUAUUAUUCAUGUCGUAUCACUAAUAAGGUUAUUUUGUGUGACAAGAAUAUCAUGUUUACUAUCAUUGAGUUUCGUUUUGCAUUUCAAGAAUGUUGAUGUGGAAUACAUCAAUAAUUUGCAUCAUAUUCUUGGUGUGAAAGUGAUUGAAUUAUAUACUUCCAUAGUGGGAUAGACUUGGAACAUGUGACCAAAGAAACAAUAUGUUUAUUACCUUGAGGGGAGGAGAGAGGCGAUCACAUGCUAUUACAAAUUGAACUUUUGAUUGGCUUAAAGCCUCUCUGGGGUGUGGCCACCCCAACUCCACAGAACUCCAUCCUUGAAUGAAUAAAGGGGGAGUUCUCAGUCUCUCAAAUCAGACGAGUUCUCCCAUCGUGGAAGUCCUCUUUUUCUGAGUCUUCGAAGUUUCUAAAAAUGUAGAAGUUACAAGCUUUCUUCUGCCACUGCUUUGAGGCUCCGCCUGGUCAUUCCAUAACCCAUCAGGCAUACAUGAUCGAUUUCUGCCAAAAUCGACUCCGUCCCUCAUCAGAACUCCAUAAUAUUGACCCAGCACAAACAAAGACUUCCCAUGAGCCAAGCCAAAGGACUUCAACACAAUGCAACCUAAUGCAAAUACAAUUACUUCCAGACUUUAGCUAAAAAGCUGGUGUUUUAUUAUCUAAUUUUGGUAACCUGAACUCAAAUCAAGGCAUAUUAAACAAAAGUUCUGAUGGUUCGUUCCAGACAUGGUCUAUAGCAGUGGUCACCAAUUAGCGAACCAUGGCUUGGUUCCAUCUGGACUGCGAGACAUCAUGACAUCAGCUGACCCAUCUCGUUUCAUUGUUUGCACUUCAAGUGAUCAGCGCAACAAAACAAUGGAGCUGUGUACAGCGCAAGCGCUUGGGUGUAGAUACAGAGAUUAUUUUGCAGAGAUGGGCCACUUUUAUUAAAAUGAAUGGGAGAAAUUGGAACACUCAACCAAGGAGCUCUAAGCGCCCAACGGUCAACGGAUGUAGAAAGGAAGUACCGCCUUGCAGUUAAAAGAGCCUGGGGCCUGGGUAGCUCAGAGAGUAAAGACGCUGACUACCAUCCCUGGAGUCAUGAGUUCGAAUCCAGGGCAUGCUGAGUGUCUCCAGCCAGGUCUCCUAAGCAACCAAUUUGGCCCGGUUGCUAGGGAGGGUAGAGUCACAUGGGGUAACCACCUCGUGGUCACAAUAAUGUGGUUCGCUUUAAGUGGGGUGCAUGGUGAGUUGCGCAUGGAUGCCGUGGAGAAUAGUGUGAAGCCUCCACAUGUGCUUUGUCUCCGCAUUAACGCGCUCAACAAGCCACGUGAUAAGAUGCGCGGACUGACAGUCUCCGACACGGAGGCAACUGAGAUUCGUCCUCCGCCACUCGGAUUGAGGCUAGUCACUACGCCACCACGAGGAGUUAGAGCGCAUUGGGAAUUGGGCAUUCCAAAUUGGGGAGGAAAAAAGAGCCAAACACCUUUUAGAUGCGUUUUUUUUAGCAUAAUAUCAGGUAAAGAAUCACAAUUUAUGACACCAGUAUUGUCAGAUUUUAUUGCUUAUUUGAAAUGUUCUUUGAUCGUAAUCUUGACCAACCAUUUUUGAAAUUUUGGCCUUUCUCCAUUUAAGUAGAUCGGAACUGCACUGUCAUGACAGGAAAUAGCCUCCCGAGAGCGUUCCAAAUAUGGCCGACAGUGGACUGACUUGCUAGAAAGUCUUUGGUAGAUAGAACUGAUCUUUCAGCGAUCCUCAAAUAUUUUUCUCUAUUACAGAACACACUUCAUUUAUACCCUUUCACGCACCACGUGCAGAUUUGCAGACGCAGAGUAUGUAGAUACUGACAUCUUUUGCUAAAACACACUGCAGAAAACAAGAAUGAAGCAAAGUGAUCUUCAUGAGUCUGAAAUGAAUCUGACCGUUCAGCAAAACCAGGUUUGUGACAGGACAACGUGCUUCCAGAGUGCCUUUAAACAAUUAGUUUUUUUAUGUCUAAAAUGGACUUUAUUAUGAUCAGCAUGUUUAAAGUCUUUCACAAACAGAUUAUUUUUGAGAAAAAUUAUCAAAGAUGUCAUCAUCUCUGGCAUAGAUGGCAAGGAAAAACAACCAGAAAUUUUAUAUUACUAGUAAUGUAGUAAUGUACUCAUGAGAAAGUUUUUCCAUUAUUUGAUAUUGAUAUUCCAUUUAUAGUCCUACUUUAGCUAACAGUAUUUUAAGCUUUACUAUUGUGAUGUUUAUAGAAUAUAUAAAAACGGUCCAUUCAGACUUUUCCAUUUUUCCAUAUUCCAUAUUCAUAUCAAAGUGCACUUGGUUGAUGAACUUAUUGAAAUAUUUUAAUCUUUUGGUAGAAUAUUCCCCAAACCCCUCUACUUUGGCUUUAUCUCUGGGGCCCCAAUGUCAUAAUCCUUGCCUGACUCUGAAGAGACUGUUUUGACUUUAUGAUUUUUUUCUUUUACGAAGUACUACUGCUGCGAACUUGUAAAUUUAUAAUAACUAUUUCAUAAAAUUAAGCAUUCCUUAUGUCAUUUCAUAGCUACAGUAUACUGACUACUGACAACCGUGUAAGUUAUUGUCCGGUCCUUUGCUGGGAAGGAAAUAUAGAGACUGGACCUCUUGGAACUUUAAUUGAAUACCCCUGGUCUAUAGACUCCAUAUCAGACCCAUCUCCAUAUAAGUUCAUUUUUCACUUUUACAGAUAAUUUCCAUUCAUUUUCUAUUGAAGCUCAUUCACUAACCUGUUUUUAUGUAUGUCUGUGUGUUUUAGUUUAGUUUUAUGUUGUAGUUUAUUCAAUAAAGUCUUGUUUGUAU